AUGCCCUCUCAAGUUUUCCGGUUUGCAGAUGGAGAUGUGGUGACGACGGACAUCGAUCGUCGCUAUUGUUCGCGAGAGGUACCCAUGAGAGUGCUAGCUCUAGGACUUUGUCGCACUGGCACACUAUCCUUGGUCAAGGCGUUGAAGACUCUUGGGUAUUCCCAUGCCUAUCAUGCAAAUGAUGCUAUUUUUGUCAACCCACAAGACUGUGAACUGUGGCUCGAGGCACUGCGUGCAAAAUUUGACGGCAAAGGAAAGCCAUGGGGUCGUAAGGAAUUCGACCAGCUCCUUGGACACUGCCAGGCAGUAACGGAUAUCCCUGCAAUACUGUUUGCAGAAGAACUGAUUCAAGCCUAUCCAGAAGCAAAGGUGAUUCUGACUGUCCGCGAUGUUGAAGACUGGCACAGAUCUGCAAAGAGUACUAUCGACGCCCUGAUAACAUCCCCAGCUUUCCACAUUUUCAACUGGCUAGAUAGGAUCCUGCGCUCGAGGACACGUCUUGUGCGGCCGGUAUUUGCAAAAGCCUGGAAUGAACUGUUCGAGGGAAGUCUUGAGCAAAAUGGUCGCCGAGUAUUUCACGAGCAUUGCAAGAAGAUCGAGGGGUUGGUGCCUCCGGAAAGUCUCUUGAUUUACCAUGUCAAGGAAGGAUGGCAACCUCUAUGUGAAUUUCUCGACGAACCGAUCCCUUCUGUCCCUAUGCCGCAUGAGAAUGAAAUGAAGCUCAUGCAGCAGAAGUUCCGAAAAGCCCUUGUGUACAAUGCCCGACAAUAUGUUACCUCUAUCUUCUCCAUUCUGUCUUGUGCCUCGUUUGCAUUUCUUAUGCUCUCUGCUCUUUGUGGGGAUGAUCUUGUCGGACCGAAGCUCCGUGCGGCAAUGACCAGCGCUUGGAAUCUAUCAAAAAUGGGGUUGUCUUUUGUAUCUAUGCUAUGGUAG